AUUCUGAUGAAAUUAUAGAAACUUACAUGAUUUCUGUACAAACUGAUGAAAGCUUUGAUAAAUCAGAAGAAAAGGAAAUCCAAUGGUAUAUCUCUUCACCAGAAAAUAGCAUAGAAGAAAAUGAUAGCGAAUCUUACUUUGAACAAGAACUGAUGAAUCAAUUUAAAAAUCACUUGUUGAUUACUGUUGGAUACUAA